UAAAACUUGGGGCAGAGAAUUUCCAAAAAUCUUUCUCUCCUUUCGUGACCGAUACGACGGCUGCGGCUCCCGAAUGGUUUCGGAAAUCGAGUAAGCAGACUGCAUUGAUUUUCUUCUGCGCGCUGGCAACUCGGUGAGCCCAUCGCGGGAGAGGGGGUGAGAAGAGUUGGUGCGUUUCCUUUGCUGUUCUGUGGCUCCUUCUCUUUGAGGAAAGAAAAAGCAUGGUGAGGAAGAGGCGCCAAAGCAGUGGAGGUCAGCCGGAAAGUCACAAGGCAGCGAGCAAGGCGGUGGGAAUGUACUUCUUCAAAGUCCUAAUAGGGGACUUCCAUUCGAAGCUUUACAUCCCUCCAGCCUUUGCAAGAUUAAUUGAGGAUGACGAUUCUAAUGAUGCCACUUUGAACACUUCAGUUGGAUGUUACCAGGAUAUAGAAGUUCUUAAAGACAGCUAUAGCAUGUAUUUUCAGAAUGGUUGGCGUGAAUUUGUUGAGCAUCAUUAUUUACAAACCGGAGAGUUUCUUGUUUUCCGGUAUGAUGGUAGUAUGCAAUUUGACAUCAAAAUAUUUGAUAGAAGUGCAUGUGAAAAAAUUUGUUUCAAGCCAGUUCUAGUGGAGGAUAAGAAUUCCAUCACAUGCAAUCCGAAAGAGAAUGCCUCUCUGUCGAACAUUUAUAUGUGCGACCUUGAAGUAUCAAGAAAUGAAUGUGAGGAUGAAGUUGCUGAGGACAGUUGUCAGAGGUUGAGGGAAAAAUGUAGUUCUUCCAAGAGUUUUGUUACUGAGGGCACGGAUGUUCUUGAUAUGACUUCUUGUAGAGAUCCUUUAAAGUCAAAGAGGCAUUCUGUAACUGAGAUAAAUGGAUCCACGCCUGAGAAGGCCAUCCUGAUUUUGUGA